AUGGGCUGCUGGACACAAGAGAAAAGCAACUCUUGGACUUUUCCCACCCUGAUGCUCUGCCUGUAUGGAUUUUUCUGUAUGAUGAAACCAUCAGAACCCUUCCUAACACCAUAUCUAACAGGAUCAGAUAAAAACCUGACCAUAGAUGAGGUUACCAACCAGGUUCUCCCAGUGUGGACAUACUCCUACCUCGCACUCCUUGUCCCAGUCUUCCUGAUCACAGACUACGUGCGCUACAAGCCCGUCCUCCUGCUCCAGGGCAUCAGCUUCAUCGUCACGUGGCUCCUGCUGCUCUUUGCACACGGAAUGGUGGCCAUGCAGGUGGUGGAAUUCUUCUACGGGAUGGUGACGGCCACCGAGGUGGCCUAUUACGCCUACAUCUACAGCGUUGUCAGUGCCCAGCACUACCAGAGGGUGACCAGCUACUGCAGAAGCGUCACUCUGGUCGCAGCCACCGUAGCAGCCGUGCUGGGACAGCUCCUCGUUUCCCUAGCAGAUGUAUCCUACUUUCACCUUAAUGCCAUUACCUUGGCUUCCGUGGCCCUGGCAUUCCUCUGUUCCUUCUUCCUCCCCAUGCCCCAGAAGAGCAUGUUCUUCCACAGGAAAGAGGGCUCAGAACCUCCCCCAGCACCAGAGAAAGCUGUGGCAACACUCAGCUCCUCUGGGCCAUCCAGCUGCCAAGAGGACAAGAGCUCUGGAUCCCCUGACAGGGGACCAACGCCUCAGCAGCACCCUGAUAGUGCCAGGCCCCCCCAUCAUGUGCUCAGAGUGCUGCUGCAGCUCAGCAAGGACCUGAAGGUUUGCUACAGCUCCAGGCAACUUCUGUACUGGUCCCUGUGGUGGGCUCUGGCCACGGCAGGCUUUAACCAGGUUCUCAAUUAUGUCCAAGUGCUGUGGGACUUCAAAGCCCCCUCCCACAGCUCAGCAGUGUACAACGGAGCUGUGGAAGCAACAGCAACUUUUCUGAGCUCUGUAGCAUCUUUCACAGUACAAUAUCUGACCAUUAACUGGGACCUUUUUGGAGAGAUGACUUUAGGCAUCUUCUCUGCAAUAGAUGCUGCUUCUCUAUUUCUUAUGCACUUCACUACCAACAUCUGGGUGUGUUACGCUGCCUAUCUCAUUUUCAAAGCAUGCUAUAUGAUCCUCAUUACAAUAGCAACGUUCCAGAUUGCAGUCAAUCUGAGUAUGGAGCGUUAUGCCUUGAUGUUUGGAUUUGACAACUUCAUUGCAUUGGUGAUUCAGACCAUUCUUACAGUAGUUGUGGUGGAUUCAAGAGGCCUGGGCCUGAACAUAGUGACUCAGUUUUUAAUUUAUGGCAGCUACUUUGCAGUCAUAGCUGGGAUUUUCUUGAUCAGAAGCAUUUGCAUGCUUGUCUCAAGCAAAUGCAAAAGGAAAACCACAAGACCUUGCAAUGAGCAACUGAACCGUGCUGCACGUGAAUCGAAAGAGCAGAUAGUAACUGGCUCUACAACGUGGCUGUAG